UACUCCUGGCAGGCCAAAGCAGACGAAAAGACCAUAACUUUAUAAUUUUUUUGUGAUAUUUUGCGUGAGCCAAAGUCAGAGAAUUUAUUUUUUUUCAGUCUGGAACUCUUGAAAAAGUCAUGGAAAAGCGAGACAUGUUAUGAACGGGCACCGUGUGAUACAUUAAAUACAUUAAAUCGUUAUAUGGCUUACUAAAUCUCAACCCUCCCCCUCGCAUUGGAUUUUUCAGCCACGUGGACAUCAACGCGAAACAAAGUAAUGGACGUGAACCAGGAGCAACAAGCACGGGAAUGGUUAGGUAAUAAACCCUUUAGGCUUCCAACACCUUAAGGUGCAUUAACAAGGGCAGGAUUGGCUGAGGUCAGGAAUAAAGGCCAUGGAAUAUGUGCUUGCGAUCUUCUCAUCUAGCAAGCAUCAAGAUAACAGUAUGGUGUCCAAAUGGCGAUGGAUUUGUGUUUUAUUGGUUGCCAUUCUGGGCGUGAUUCCUUCCAUGGUUUCCGCCGGGGUUAGGGGUAAAGCGAUGGAAAUGCAAAGGCAGAGCGGAGGUUCGUAUUCGUACACAGCUACUGGCUACACCAACACUACCCCAACAUACUACACUACUGCUGCUGCCCCAGUGUACUACACAGAAGCCCUGAAAUACUAUACUGAGUCUACGUACUAUACUACUGCUGCUCCAGUAUACUACACCGAAGCACCCAAAUACUAUGCUGAGCCAAUUUACUACACCACAACCAGCUGGCCCAAUUUACUACACAGAGGCGCCAAAAUACUAUGCUGAACCUACUUACUACACCACUGCUGCACCAGUCUACUACACUGAGGCUCCGAAAUACUAUGUUGAGCCCACUUACUAUACCACCACUAUAGCUGCUCCAGCGCACUACUGCUGCUCCAGUUUACUACACCGAGUCCUCAAGAUACAAUACUGAGUCUGCUUACUACACCACAGUUGCUCCAGUCAAUUACACCGAGGCCCCGAAGUACUAUGCUAAACCCACUUACUCCACUACAACCACUGCUGCUCCAGUCUACUACACCGAGGCCCCAAAAUACUACGUUGAGCCAACUUACUACACCACUGCAGCCCCAGUGUACUACACUGAAGCCCCCAAAUACUGUACAGAGACAGUCUACUACACCGAGGCUUCGAAACAUUACACUAAACCGUCGUACUACACCACGACUACUGCUCCGUUCUACUACAAAGAGGCCCCUAAAUACUAAAUACUCGUAGAUGUCUGUAAAGAUGGUGGAAGCACGGAUAUAAUGUCGAUUUCUUGUAUUUGUUGUUGUGUUAACAUACAGUAUUCAUAUUAUUUUAUCGUGUUAUGAAACUGUGGUUGAUUUAAAUAUAGGGAUUUUUCAUACAA